ACGCUGGUGCACCAGAUCUUCGGGGGCUACCUGCGCUCCCGAGUGAAAUGUUCAGUGUGCAAGAGUGUCUCGGACACCUAUGACCCUUACCUGGACCUGGCGCUGGAGAUCAGGCAAGCGGCAAACAUUGUGCGAGCGCUGGAGCUGUUCGUGAGGUCGGACGUGCUGAGCGGGGAGAACGCCUACAUGUGUGCCAGGUGCAAGAAGAAGGUGCCAGCCAGCAAGCGCUUCACCAUCCACCGAGCCUCCAACGUGCUGACGCUCUCGCUGAAGCGCUUCGCCAACUUCAGCGGGGGCAAGAUCACCAAGGACGUGGGGUACCCGGAGUUCCUGAACAUCCGUCCUUACAUGUCCCAGAAUAACGGAGACCCCGUCAUGUACAGCCUGUACGCGGUGCUGGUGCACUCGGGGUACAGCUGCCACGCAGGACACUACUACUGCUACGUGAAGGCCGGUAACGGGCAGUGGUACCAGAUGAACGAUUCCCUGGUCCACUCCAGCAACAUCAAGGUGGUCCUCAACCAGCAAGCCUAUGUCCUGUUCUACCUGAGAAUCCCCAGUGCCAAGAAGAGCCCCGAAGGGCCCGUUGCCAAGGCUGCCUCCAGCCUGCCCGGCCACGCUGCUGGGGCCUCCGAUCCGAUCAAGAAAAGCGUGAGCAAUGGGCCCGCGUCUUCCCCGCUGCUGGGCCGGAGACCGGACCCGCUGCAAGGGAAGAAGCCUCAGGGACCAGAGGAGAUGGGAGUCCCGGUGGCCCGGAGCGCGCUGGCGACUGCGCCCAAGCUGCAGAACGGAACCGCCCAGCCAAAGCCGCCGGCCGGGUCCCCUUCGCCCAAACUGGCUCCCAAGGGUGCUCAGGCAGCGGCAGCACCCCCGGGUGAAGCAGUCUGCAAGCCCAAGAAGCCGCUCGGCUCCCCGCAGCAGCCACUUCGCGCCGGGGAGAGCAGGGACCUGCCUCCCCCCCCCAAGCCGCUGCCACCGGCUGCACCUGGCCAGGAGCCCCGGGGCAGCGGGGAGCACCCCGAGACCCCCGAGAGGGUCUCGUGCAGCAGCCGCUCCGCCAGCCCGGCGCACGGCAGAGCCCCGGAGCUGCCCAGGAAGGCCAAGAACGGAGCCAGCGGCCUCCGCACCUCUCAGGAAACAGACUGUGGUGCAGAGCUCCCUGCUGCCCGCGAUGCCGGCCCGGCGGGCCCCGAAGACUCCAAGCUGGUGAAACUGAAAUCCUCCCUGUUGGGCAGCACCGCUUCGGACCUGAGCAGCACGAUGUCACCGCCACCGGCCAAGAAGCUGGCGCUCUCUGCCAAGAAGGGCAGCACCCCGCGGAGGGCGAGCGCAAGUGACCGCCACGCACAGCCUCACGCGCAGCCCGCUGGCCUCUCCUCCCCCUCGAGCACCCACCCCGACUCCUCUCCCUGGCCUUGCGGCGGCUCCAGCCGGGAGGAGCCCAGUGUGGUGCAGGAGCUGCUCCGGGACUCCCUGGACAAGGCCUAUGGGAAGCGAGUUCUGACCUGGGACGGGGAGAUCUCGGCCGUGAGCCAGGAUGCUGUUCGGGACGCGACCUGGGCCCGCAACGAGACGGUCAUUGACGAGUGGGACGAGGAGUUUGACAGAGGGAAGGUGAAGAAGUGCAAGAAGCCGAAGCGGGAGCGGAGGAGGCACUUCAACCCCUUCCAGCAGCUGCAGAGCAAGCGCAACUUCUGGUCGGUGACGCACCCUGCCAAGGUGGCCAGCCUGAGCUACCGCCUCUGA